AUGACCGAGAAAAAUACCCAAGGGACUAGUACACCAUCUGUGUCUACAAGAGUCCCAGUGAUGACAGAGUUCAUGAACAUGAUAACUAGUGACACGUUCUCGGCAAUAGCUACGAAAAGUACGCAUUAUACUACACAGGAUUUAUCAAGUACAACAUCUCAAAAUGCAAAUAAUGAUAUUUCAUCUGUUAUUAUUGAGACUUCAACACCAGCAACAACAGAUCGUACAACUGUUACUAUGACCGAGAAAAAUACCCAAGGGACUAGUGCAGCAUCUGUGUCUACAAGAGUCCCAGUGAUGACAGAGUUCAUGAACAUGAUAACUAGUGACACGUCCUCGGCAAUAGCUACGAAAAGUACGCAUUAUACUACACAGGAUUUAUCAAGUACAACAUCUCAAAAUGCAAAUAAUGAUAUUUCAUUUGUUAUUAUUGAGACUCCAACACCAGCAACAACAGGUCGAACAACUGUUACGAUGACCAAGAAAAAUACCCAAGGGACUAUUACACCAUCUGUGUCUACAAGUGUCUCCGCGAUGACAGAGUUCAUGAACAGGAUUACUAGUGACACGUCCUCGGCAAUACCUACGAAAAGUACCCCUUAUACUACAUGGGAUUUAUCAACUACAACAUCUCGAAAUGCAAAUAAUAAUAUUUCAUCUGUAAUUAUUGAGACUUCAACACCAGCAACAACAGGUCGAACAACUGUUACGAUGACCAAGAAAAGUACCCAAGGGACUAUUACACCAUCUGUGUCUACAAGUGUUUCCGCGAUGACAGAGUUCAUAAACAGGAUUACUAGUGACACGUCCUCGGCAAUAGCUUCAAAAAGUACGCCUUAUACUACACAGGAUUUAUCAAGUACAACAUCUCAAAAUGCAAAUAAUGAUAUUUCAUCUGUUAUUAUUGAGACUUCAGCACCAGCAACAACAGAUCGAACAACUGUUACUAUGACCGAGAACAAUACCCAAGGAACUAGUACACCAUCUGUGUCUACAAGAGUCUUAGCGAUGACAGAGUUCAUGAACAUAAUAACUAGUGACACGUACUCGGCAAUACCUACGAAAAGUACCCCUUAUACUACAUGGGAUUUAUCAAGUACAACAUCUCGAAAUGCAAAUAAUGAUAUUUCAUCUGUAAUUAUUGAGACUUCAACACCAGCAACAACAGGUCGAACAACUGUUACGAUGACCAAGAAAAAUACCCAAGGGACUAUUACACCAUCUAUGUCUACAAGAGUCUCUGCGAUGACAAAGUUCAUAAACAGGAUUACUAGUGACACGUCCUCGGCAAUAGCUUCAAAAAGUACGCCUUAUACUACACAGGAUUUAUCAAGUACAACAUCUCAAAAUGCAAAUAAUGAUAUUUCAUCUGUUAUUAUUGAGACUUCAGCACCAGCAACAACAGGUCGAACAACUGUUAGAAUGACCAAGAAAAAUACCCAAGGGACUAUUACACCAUCUGUGUCUACAAGAGUCCCAGUGAUGACAGAGGUCAUGAACAUGAUAACUAGUGACACGUCCUCGGCAAUAGCUACGAAAAGUACGCAUUAUACUACACAGGAUUUAUCAAGUACAACAUCUCAAAAUGCAAAUAAGGAUAUUUCAUCUGUUAUUAUUGAGACUCCAACACCAGCAACAACAGGUCGAACAACUGUUACGAUGACCAAGAAAAAUACCCAAGGGACUAUUACACCAUCUGUGUCUACAAGAGUCUCCGCGAUGACAGAGUUCAUAAACAGGAUUACUAGUGACACGUCCUCGGCAAAAGCUUCAAAAAGUACGCCUUAUACUACACAAGAUUUAUCAAGUACAACAUCUCAAAAUGCAAAUAAUGAUAUUUCAUCUGUUAUUAUUGAGACUUCAGCACCAGCAACAACAGAUCGUACAACUGUUACUAUGACCGAGAAAAAUACCCAAGGGACUAGUGCAGCAUCUGUGUCUACAAGAGUCCCAGUGAUGACAGAGUUCAUGAACAUGAUAACUAGUGACACGUCCUUGGCAAUAGCUGCAAAAAGUACUCGUUAUACUAUUCGGGAGUUAUCAAGUACAACAUCUCAAAAUGCAAAUAAUGAUAUUUCAUCUGUUAUUAUUGAGACUACAACACCAGCAACAACAGAUCGAACAACUGUUACUAUGACCGAGAAAAAUACCCAAGGGACUAGUUCACCAUAUGUGUCUACAAGAGUCUCAGCUAUGACAGAGUUCAUGAACAUGAUAACUAGUGACACGCCCUCGGCAAUAGCUACGAGAAGUACGCAUUAUACUACACAGGAUUUAUCAAGUACAACAUCUCAAAAUGCAAAUAAUGAUAUUUCAUCUGUUAUUAUUGAGACUUCAACACCAGCAACAACAGAUCGUACAACUGUUACUAUGACCGAGAAAAAUACCCAAGGGACUAGUACACCAUCUGUGUCUACAAAAGUCUCAGCGAUGACAGAGUUCAUGAAGAUGAUAACUAGCGACACGUCCUCGGCAAUAGCUACGAAAAGUACACAUUAUACUAUUCGGGAUUUAUCUUGUACAUCUCAAAAUGCAAAUAAUGAGCUUCCAUCUGUUAUGACUGAGACAUCAGCACCAGCAACAACAGGAAUGAGACCAAGGAAACUGUUAUGUAAAUGUCCUAAGAGGUUAAUAAAUACAAAGUGGCACUUCCUUGAUGGAAAGAAUAUAACAGAUGCCGAAGUAAAGAAAAUGGUCAUUGACGAUUUCAUCAAGAAUAUAAAAUCCGAGAUCUCGGUUGACAGAAAAACUGUAUCAAAAGAGAUACGGAAGAAAAACUCAUCAGUAGACAAAAGAAAAUCUUCACAAUCUAUAGGAUGGGGCUGUAUUGUUUUUCUCGUUCUUCCAAUGGUUUUCUUGAUCGCAAUAGACAUACUCAACUGUUGCAUUCACUUCCGGUCACGCUUUGGCGGCAGAAAAAGGAACCGAAUUAAACCAAUUAGUAUCACCCAAGAUCAAAGAGAUAGUACUACGCCUUUGCAAGAAAAUGUCAAUGCCGCCGAAAGUUAUUACGCCAGCAGAUGUGGCAAUAAUUUUCAUCCUGACGAAAUGAAACGUGAAACUUACCAGAGAAAAAGGGACGACAACAAUCAACUAGGCAGAGAUGAAUGGCUGCAAUAUAUGUAA